AAUAUACUAUAGUUAAUAAAAAAACAGUCAGAUUUACGGGUUUUCUCUUCAUCUCUCCUUUCUUUCACCCAAAAACAUGCUAAAAAAUCUAGGCUAAUCUUCAAGCUCCUUCAAUAGCAAUGGAAGCUCUGCACUGCUCCUUCGUCUACUCCAUUCCAUUAAAACCCCCGUCACGGAGCUCCUUCAAGAACCCCAAAUUCAAACGACCCAAACUUUCAUGCUCCCUCAGGCCCGACCCGUGGACCCUUAGCGACGGCAACGACAAGAACCUCAACAAGCCGAAACCCAGGCACAAGAAUCCCAAAAACCCACUGUCGGACGACAACGCGCGCCGCAUAAUCAAAGGCAAGGCCCGAUACUUAAGCGCCUUGAGGCGCAACCUGGGAUCACAAGUUCAGACCCCUAAGUGGAUCAAGAGGACGCCGGAGCAGAUGCUGCAGUACUUAGAGGACGACAGGAAUGGUCGCUUGUACGGAAAACACCCUCAAGGGUCGUAUGACAUGAGGAAAGUGAUGGGUUCUUUUGUUGCAAAGUUUACUUUCAGAGAGAUGUGCAUUGUGCUGAAAGAGCAAAAGGGUUGGAGACAAGUCAGAGACUUCUUCUCGUGGAUGAAAAUGCAGUUAAGCUAUCAGCCUAGUGUGAUUGCAUACACAAUUGUUCUUCGUGCAUACAGCCAAGUGGGUAAAAUUGAACUUGCUGAACAGACCUUUUUGGAAAUGCUUGAAGCAGGGUGUGAACCUGAUGAAGUUGCUUGUGGUACAAUGCUAUGUGCAUAUGCUAAAUGGGGGCGUCACAAAGCUAUGAUGGCACUCUUUUCUGCUGUACAACAGAGGGGAAUAACACUUCCCACUUCAGUCUUCAAUUUUAUGAUUUCAUCACUGCAGAAAAAGAAUCUCCACGAGAAUGUGAUCCUUAUAUGGAAAAAUAUGGUCAAUACUCAUGUUCAUCCCAAUCAUUUUACAUAUACAGUUGUUAUUCCCUCCCUUGUGAAAGGUGGUCUUGCUGAGGAAGCUUUAACAACUUUUAAUGAGAUGAAAACUUUGGGAUUCGUUCCUGACGAGGCAACAUAUAGCCUUCUCAUCAGUUUUCAUUCCAAGAGUGGUAGCCAUAAUGAAUCUUUUGAUCUUUAUAAUGAAAUGAGAUCACAAGGAAUCAUUCCGAGCAAUUUCACAUGUGCUUCACUUCUGACAGCAUGUUACAAGAAUGAGGAUUAUUCUAAAGCCCUUUCCCUCUUUGCAGAAAUGAAGGAGCAUAAGAUCACCACAGAUGAGGUCAUAUAUGGUUUACUUAUCCGAAUAUAUGGCAAGCUAGGCCUUUAUCAAGAUGCUCAAGACACAUUUGACGAGAUUGAGAAACUAGGCAUUCUUAGUGAUGAAAAAACAUAUACCACAAUGGCACAAGUCCAUUUGGGUGCUGGAAAUGUUGAGAAAGCUUUGAAACUAAUUGAGCUGAUGAAGUCGAAAGGCAUUUUAUGCUCAAGAUUUGCAUAUAGUGUCUUGUUACAUUGUAAUGUCAUUAAAGGAGAUUUGCCCUCUGCUGAACUUACCUUUUCAGCUCUAUCUAAGGUUGAACUUCCUGAUUCUGUUUCUUGCAAUGCCAUGCUCAAUUUGUAUAUGAGACGGGGAUUAUAUGAAAAAGCAAAGGACUUUAUCCUCCAAAUUAGAAAAUAUCAGUUAGAGUUUGAUGAACAGCUUCUCAAGACUGUAUUGAAGGUUUAUUGCAAAGAGGGAAUGGUAAGAGAUACAGAGAAGUUGCUAGAAGAGCUUAGUACGAGUAAGAUGUUUGAGGAUAGUAAACUUUGUCAAACACUGCUGAUGACCACAUGGGGAACAUGGGACGGAUUGGCUGAAGUAGAAAACGCUUUGAAGCCCUUGGACCAGGAUGGUUCUAUGGCUCUUAAGCUAAGCCUAACCCUGAUGCUGGCAGAUGGGAAUACUGUGAAGGCACAAGAGAUAUUGUUAAUUCUGCUCAAGGCUGCAAAUGGCUUGUCAAUAGCCAGUCAAGUUUUGAAGAGCUUUGCCACAGAAGAUUUGAGGACCAAAAAGUUUAAGAAAGGGCAUGCUAUGAGUCCUGUUGCCACUAGCAUGCUCGUGAAUGCGUUGACUAAUUAUGCCAAAUAUAAGGAAGCAGAGGAUGUCAUACAUAGUACUUUUGAUGCCAAUUUUGAGCCUGACACUGUGGCGUAUAAUACAUUUAUCAAGGCAAUGCUAUCGGCAGGCAAGUUACACUCUGCAGUCAGCAUUAAUGAUCGCAUGGUUUCAUUGAAGAUUAAUCCUUCAAUUCAGACAUAUAGCACUAUGAUCAGUGUGUAUGGAUGGGGUAGAAACCUGGAUAAAGCGGUGGAGAUGUUUAACAUCGCUCGGAGCAGGGGAGUACCUCUCGAUGAAAAGGCCUAUACCAAUAUGAUAAGCUACCAUGGAAAGGCUCGGAAAGUUCAUGAAGCAUCUACUCUAUUUAGCAAAAUGCAGGAAGAAGGGAUAAAACCUGGUCAUUUGUGCUACAGCAUUAUGAUAAAUGCAUAUGCUUCUGCUGGAUCUUAUCAUGAAGCAGAAGAAGUUUACCAUAGCAUGCGGAGAGAUGGUUUUCAACCCAACUCAACUACUUACCUUGCACUUACCCGAGCAUACUCGGUGGGAUCAGCAUUCAACAAGGCAGAAAAGGCUAUUGCUUCAAUGCAAAAAGAAGGAAUUGCCCUUUCUUGCGCUCAUUUCAAUGUCUUGCUAACUGUGCUUGCCAAAGAGGGGCUUGUCGAGGAAUGCGAAAGGAUUUUUGGUGAGCUUGGAAAAGCUGGGUUACAACCCAAUGUUCAGUGCAACCGCAGUAUGCUCAGAGGUUACAUGGAAAGUGGCCGUGUAGAGGAAGGCAUAUCCUUUUUUGAGAGAAUAAGAGGGUCCGUUGAGACAGAUAAGUUCAUUAUGAGUGUGGCUCUCCAUUUGUACAGGUCAGUAGGCAUGGAACUCAAGGCACGAGAAGUUUUGAGGUCUAUGACCUGUUUGGGGAUUCAAGUGCUGAAAAAUCUUGAAGUUGGAGCCAAAUCAAGACAUCUUCUAGCCCCUACAAAACGCAUGUAAGGAUUAUCUACAUACCAUGCUCUAGUCUUAUGCGCUGCAGGCUUAAAUUAAUUACAUUUAUUCAACUACCCAUAAUAGUUUGAAAUUGUCUAAUAAUGAGAGGUUAUGUUU